AUGAGCUCGACGAACUUUGCCGCUGCUCAGCAGCGCGUUCUCGAACGCCGACGGAAACGCGAGACCGAAGCCCAGAGCCGUCUCGCAGAACAACAACGGACCUCUAUCGUAAAUCAUCCCGCCGUGCAACGACUUCCUUAUCCACUAAAUACAGUGUCGCGAUCAGGACUUUCAAUAUGGGAUGCAAUCAAAGGCCGCGAGGGGACGAGGCCUGCAUUUCGUGUUGGUCAGGUUGACGCGGAACUGUUGGACGAGGAGUUACUUGGCCUGCUGAAGGGGCAAGUCGGAGAUGCGCUCAAAUACUUUGGGCCACAUCUCCGCGAUGACUGGUCCCACGAAAUUCAAUUCGUUCUCCGCGCGAUCCUCUUCAAACUCUCGAUAUGGGACCACGACGCCUCUUACGGCGCCGCCCUCCAAAGUCUCAAAUAUGUCGACAGUCGCAGCAAAGGCCCUGUUCACUCAACGCCAACGAUGCUUCAGAAAUCUCUAUACGGCCUCCUAACAGUAGGCGGUCGCUACGCCUGGGACAAAUGGGAGAGCUGGCUCAUCUCCCGGGAAGGCGGCUACGAGGAACCGUCACCGGAAGUCCGUUCAUUGUCCCGAAUCACGAAUUUCCUCUCCACAACACACUCCAUUGCGGCAUUUUUCUCUUUUCUCAUCUUCUUAGUAGACGGUCGCUACCGAACACUGAUCGACCGGCUCCUCCGCAUGCGCCUUACACCCCCCUCCGCCCAAGCCAGCCGCGAGGUCUCCUUCGAAUACCUAAACCGCCAGCUAGUAUGGCACGCAUUUACUGAAUUCCUUCUAUUUCUUCUUCCACUCGUCGGCAUAAGCCGCUGGCGCCGCUGGGUAUCCCGCGCAUGGCGCAAAGCCAUGUCGGCAAUCCGAUCGACAAGCGUCGACGAAGAUGAGGUUUCCGAAAAGCAAGGCGAACUCGCCUUCCUUCCUGAGCGCUCCUGCGCAAUCUGCUACAAAGCCAACAAUACCGCAACAACAGAAACUGAAGUCAUCGCUGCAGCUUCGUCGGGUGCAGGAGGGAUCAUCGGCUCUGCACAGACGGACAUUACGAACCCGUACGAAACGAUACCCUGCGGCUGCAUUUACUGUUUUGUUUGUAUUGUGCAGAAACUCGAGGGCGAGGAGGGUGAAGGCUGGGUCUGCUUGCGCUGCGGAGAGCUCGUCAAGAAAUGCAAGCCUUGGAAUGGCGAUGUCCUUGAAGAAGAGCCAAAACGGCAGUCAGGCUCCGGGAAGAAUGUUGGGUUUGCUGUAGGUGACGACGUCCCUUUAGAACAGGAACAGGCGCACGAGCAGGAGAGCUCUGUAGAUGCUGGAUGA